AUGGCUUUUAUGAACGUUUGUUUAUGGACGCUACUUGCCUUCGUGCUAACUUGGACAGUAUUUUACGUCACCAACAGGAGGAAGAAGGCGACGAAUUUGGCGGAGGCGACGGUGGAGGAAAGAAGAGACGGUGGUGCUGACAUCAUCAUCGUCGGAGCUGGUGUCGGCGGCUCAGCUCUCGCCUAUGCUCUUGCAAAGGUACGUAAAAGAGCUUGA